AUGCCUAAUGUCUUUGCAGAAAACAUAUUAACCAACGACCUCCUCACCGACAUUAUCUUCUCUUGCUGCUCUCCCGCACAUAUCUAUCGUAUAGCUAAGACGUGCCGUGCAGGCUUGUACGCCGCCAAAGAGUACACGCGCCAUGCAUUCAACAUCAACCGCCACCUCUCCCGCUAUUUCGACGACAUCUCCGCGUUCCGCUCUCUGCAGGCCCGCACAAGGUCCCUGAUCUCAGGCUUAAACGCGCUCCAGUUCUUCGACCGCACGUGCUAUCCCGAGUCCGACCUCGAUCUCUACGUCCACCUCCGCUGGCGCCGCGAGGUGGGAAUCUGGAUGAUGCAGUCGGGCUACCACUUCCAGCCGAGUUCCAACUACGACACGCGCGGUAUCGCUGCCGUCUUCACCUUCAUCCGCGCGUCUCCCGGCCAGAACCGCAAAGUGCAACUCAUCGUCGCCCGGCGCACCCCGAUGAAGAUCGUCCUCGCCUUCCACUCUACGUGUGUGAUGAACGUGAUCGCCUACGACAAAGCCUUUGCGCUCUACCCGCGCGCCACGUUCGAGGAGCGCAAGGCACUCAUCCGCUCGCGCGCCGGGCGCAGGCAGCAAUCCGCCAUCGGCAAGUACGCCACGCGCGGAUGGGAAAUGGUCAGCGAGCUCCCCGCGAUGCAGCGCAGCGCGAGCAACCCCACCUUUCGCCUCGGGCAGCGCUGGAUCGCGGACGGAGACAGCUGGCGAAACUGA